AUGAUGGGUUCAGAGGAAAGCAAUGUUCCAAGCAAAGGUUCAAGGAGAAGAAGGGAUCACUGUGAUGCUGGAAGAGAAACAACUCAUGCUUGGAGGUCACCACCACCAUGUGUCACAGUCACAGAGACCAUAGUGAAAGGUAACAACCACAACUUCAACAAUGAAAUUCAUGUGUCAAUAUCGUCAGAUGCACAAUAUUGUUACUACAUGUUGGAGGCCAUGCCUCAGCCAGGACCUACAUGGUCCACGACAGGUCCUUGUGUAUUGGCUGAGCCAACACCAACACCAACAACACCACCCUUUGAAGCCAGACAAGAUUCUUCAUGCACUUGGUGGGUGGGAUGCCUUGAAGGUUUUGAUGGCAAUUUGACCACAGAGAAGUUGGAUCCCCCAUUUGAGGAAAAUGCUGUGAUGGAAAAUUGUAAGGGGCUUGGUUAUGAAUCAACUCUUGUGGAUGCAAUAGAUCUUGGCUACUGUUGUCCAGAUGAUUGGUUGGUGAUUCCAACAAUGGACCAGGAUUUUGGAGACUUGGUCAUGCCAUAG